GUCAAACUACCUAGUAUAAUUUUACUUCCACCUUUCUCAUACGUUGCUAAAUUUCCUCUUCCAAAAUGAAACUUUCUCUCGUCUUUUUGUGUCUUUCCAUCCUUGUGGCCCUUUCUCAUGGACGGGCUGCUAAGGGAUACAAGGUUAAAGGGGACAAGGUGAAGGUAAGCUCGCAUGAGAAGGACGAUCACAAGCACUGGAUUGGGAAUAAUGAUGAUCACAAGAUUCAUGGGUCGAGAUCCAGUGAGUCUAGUGAGUCCAGUGAGUCAAGCGAAUCCAUCGAAUCUGGGGAAGAACCAACUGACGCCCCUACCGACGCACCCACCGACGCCCCUACCGACGCACCUACUGAUGCCCCUACCGACGCACCAACUGACGCUCCCACAGAUGGUCCCCCAAGAUACGUUUGUCCUCUAGAAGGAUCCGUCAAAUUUGCACAUGAGACCUUAUGUGAAGCAUUUUGGCUUUGUGACAGUGGACGCCUUGUCGAGCCGUAUUUCAACUGCCCGACCGGUUUGUAUUUUGACGCCGUUGCUCAGCAAUGUACCCUUCCCAGUGAAGUCCUUUGUGCUCGAGAUCAAAUCUAAAAUUAUGAAGGCGCUUAUUAACAAAGGAAUUAAGUUCCAGCAGUUCAAAAUUGUUAAUGGUUGGCAUAUGUUUAAUCAUCUAGGAAUAAUAAAUUCGGCAUUUGCAUGAUCAUUUGAGUUUAUUAUUAAUAAUAUGCAUAAUAUAUAAUUUUUCACAACAAAUGGUUUUUCCACAAAUCCUGACGUAGUAAAUACGAAUUUAUUUAUUUUGCAUUGAGGGAAAAUUGAUGACGAUAUGAAAAAUCAAAAGCUUUAACAUUCUGAUUUUUUAAGUGCUAAAUUGUCUACCAAUUAUAUUUACAUAUGUGGUGACCUGUCAAUACCUAAGUGCACGAUUUGUGCUUACAUUCUUAAAAAAGUAUUAUCACUGUGAUAUGUAUCACAUUUAAUUUAUUGGACAUGACAAUGCUAUUUGAAAGUUCUUUUUUAAUUGUACCCUAUACGUAGCCUGUACAUAUGCACAUUUGUAUGUAAAUACAUAUGCACACAAAUCUCCACAUGCACAUCUGCAGGUAAAUAUGGACAUUGCCCUUCAAUUUUCACUUGAUUGGACGUAUUAAUUAAUUUCCCCCUCACCCACCCUUUCAUGUUAUCACUCAAAUUAUUAUCAUUCGCUUACACUGUUCUAUUUUACAAUUAAUAAUUAGUCCUCAUCUCUCUCUGAUCUCUCUUGUCUGCGCGACAUCAAUGUCAGAAAUCUUUCUCUGUCUUCUUCACCCCGCAGGCAAGCCGAAUCUCGGCAAGAUUGUUAGUCAAGUUCAUUAGUAGUUGAGACGCGACUGGUACACGGCGUGCUUAUUUUAGCUCAGCCAUUAAUCACUGACACACCAAUCUGAUGGAUCAAUUGGAUUUUAAACUGGUGAACCGUUUAUUAUUAACAAAUACAAUUGAAUGAGUUUAUUGGACCAAGUACAUAGGUAACCAACAAUUGCGAUUCAUAUUGAUUUACGACUGCGUGAUAUUAAAAUCAAAAAUGUUCUUUGGGAAACCACAAGAUUUAUCUGUCAUUGUCACCUCAGACUUUUAGAUGCAAUUUGGUCAUCACCUGUGAUAAUACAAAUAUUUAUUAUUCUGUAUUCAACGAAAAUAAAUAGUUAAAGAAGGAGUUCUCGAAUCUCUAAAAGUACGAUAAACUUAGACCAGCAAAGUACCAAUGAAUCCUAGUAAUUCUGAGUGGAAAUUAAUUUAUCAACUAAAUGGUGGAUUUUCUAAUUUUUCUCUGGUAAAUCCAUUCAUAUCCCAAUCGCCUAACAUUAUAAAGUCUAACACCUAUUCUUACCCCAAUUAUUACACGGGUAGUAGGAACGACUACUACUGGGAAGAGGAUCACGUCUCAUCGGAAGAAGAAUUUUUACACCAUGAUAUCCACACUAUUAAAACAAUCAUACUUUUGACCCUUCUUCCAACUAUCCUCCUUCCGCUAUUGUUAGCCUGCAUUUGUUUCUCUCACAUUUCAUUGCUACUAUUUCUCCUCAAAUUCAAAUUCCUUCCAAUACCCGUUAUUGUGAGACAACCCCCACAACCAACUGGAGGAUGUGGAAAUCUUUUAAUCAGACAAGUCUCGGCAAACUGGCAAGAUUCUUACAACUAUUGCCAAACUCAAGGUGGUAGUUUAGUCACGGUGGAGUCACAAUUCAAGUAUGAUUGCAUACUUGCAGAGAUAAGGGAAAGUGGAUUACCGGAUGAUAUUGUAUAUUGGACAUCAGGCACGGAUGCCGCAUCCGAAGGAAAUUUUGUCUGGGAGACGACAGGUCUUCCGGUAACCCAAUUCUACCCGGUUGGGAACAAUCAGCCUGAUAACGGAGCAGGAGGGAUCGUAGAGAAUUGUAUUGGUCUGAGAAAAAUCUACCCCCCGAAUCCAGUACUGCCUGCCCACGAGAUGAAUGAUGAACAGUGUGCUUUGCUCUAUUAUUCGAUUUGUGAUGUGAGCUAAGUAGCUGACCUUACUGAUUUUUUAUGUAA